UCACAGGUGCCCUGGGCAAGGCUAAAUCUCAGACAAAAUUGCAGAUUGAUUUUGUUUCUCUUUGCCAAUACAGUUCAUGAACUAUUUACUGAUGAAGACCAUUAUCCUGCCCAAAUGACAGGAAUCGUUCAGUGUAGGAUGUGCCACUUGCAGUUUCCAGGAGAGAAGUGUUCCAGAGGCAGAGGAAUAUGCAUUGUAACAAGUGAAGAGUCUUGCACAACUGGCAGGAUUUCCAAGAAAGACGGUACUCCGUGGUUAAUGUUCAUGGGCUGCCUGAAGAGCUGUGCUAAUGUGGGCAAAAUAAAAUGGAGUGUCUACUUGGUGGAGUUCAGGUGCUGCCGGGGCUAUGACUUCUGCAAUGAAUACCUAUAGAGAUUGCCUGUCCUUCAGUAGCUCCAAUCUCUGGAUGAUAUUGUUGCCUCCGCCUCCUUGCAAUGAUUUCUUAAAAAGCCACAUUUCAGGUUGCAAACACAUGGUUCUGCCUUCUGCGUGUGUAAGAAAAAGUCCUCUCCUUUUCUAGAUUUUCUCUCUUGGUCCCUGGUGGCAGGUGGGAUUUGGGGAAGGGGGGAGGACAAACACCUUGGGAGUAACAUCAAUGUCUCCCACAGGUUAUUGCAAAGCCUAGUGCUUCUACUGUGUAGCCUAAGGUGCUUCCAGAAAGGGAAGACGAGAAUCGGGGGCAAUUCUUUUCCCGACCUUCCUCCUUCUUUCUGAGGCAGGAUAUUUUCCUUCCUUUCUUCUUCUUAAAUGUUUAUAUCUCUUGGUAUUAUCCUCCCUAUCUCACUCCCACGAAAGCUUAUAACCCUGGCCUCACAGGGAGGGAAGUAGCAAAAUGAAGAGCUGGCCUGAGUCUUCUUGAAUUUUGUUC